UCCAUUUCCGCUGUAGGGUGUCAACCGGGAUUUUUUUUCUUCCACCCCCACUUCGAACAAACUUUUAAUUUCCAAGUCAACUCAAAAAUUUUGAAUCAAGCAUCGUUGGCUUGAAGUAUUAUUCCUACAAUGGCUUCCUCUCCUCAGAAGUCGCCCUCUUCCCCUAAAUCGCCGACGACGCCGAAAUCUCCUUCUUCGAGAAAGAAGGACGACUCUUUCCUAGGAAAACUUGGUGGAACUCUGGCGAGGAGGAAGAAAGCUAAAGAAGUGUCUGAGCUUCAGGAAGAGGGGAUAAAUGCCAUCAACCUUCCUCUCAGCCCCACCCACUACGAGCUUGACCCUGAGGACACCAUGCUUGAGGAGAAUGAGGUGCGUACGAUGGUGGAUCCAAACUCCAAGAACGACCGAAAACUGCAAGAACUUAUGAAGGUGCUGAUCGACUGGAUAAAUGAUGUUCUCGUUGGCGAAAGGAUCAUUGUGAAAGAUCUGGCUGAAGAUCUCUAUGAUGGACAGGUCCUGCAGAAAUUAUUCGAAAAGCUGGAAGGUGAGAAACUCAAUGUAGCGGAGGUGACGCAGUCAGAGAUCGCCCAGAAGCAGAAGCUGCAGACGGUUUUGGAACGGAUCAACGACUCACUCAAACUCUCCACCAGGAAUAUUCGCUGGAAUGUUGACUCGGUUCAUGCGAAGAGUAUCGUCGCCAUCCUCCAUCUGCUGGUAGCACUGUCACAACACUUCAGAGCACCAAUCAGAUUGCCGGACCAUGUUUCUAUUCAAGUCGUCGUGGUCCAGAAAAGAGAGGGCAUCCUGCAAUCCAGACAGAUUCAGGAAGAAAUCACCGGGAACACAGAGGCCUUCUCUGGAAGACAUGAGCGUGAUGCUUUUGACACCCUGUUUGACCAUGCGCCGGAUAAACUGAAUGUUGUCAAAAAGACACUGAUCACAUUUGUGAAUAAACACCUGAACAAGCUCAACUUAGAAGUUUCUGAAUUGGAAACGCAGUUUGCAGAUGGCGUUUAUCUGGUGUUGCUGAUGGGUCUGCUGGAGGGAUACUUUGUGCCACUCUACAACUUCUUCCUCACACCAGAAAAUUUUGACCAGAAGGUGCAUAACGUGUCUUUCUCCUUCGAGCUGAUGCAGGAUGGAGGCCUGGAGCGACCAAAGCCCAGGCCAGAAGACAUUGUAAACUGUGACCUCAAGUCCACCCUGCGGGUCCUCUACAAUCUCUUCACCAGGUACAGGAGUGUUGACUGAGGACCCGAGCAACAAAAAGGGAGACUUUCUAUGUCAAUGGACCUCAUGCUUUUGUCUUAUAAAUCCAUUUCUUGUCGAAAUGUGCUUUUUAUUUGAAUUCAUACGUACCAUUUUACAAAUGACCACACUUGUUAAUCCAUGCAGCAUCACUUUGAAGGGACACAUUUGAAGAAAAAAAAAAAUCACAUUUCACAUUUUUAUUGAAACAUCCUCAUUGUAUUUAUUGUAAAUGUAAUACACUUCUGCUGGCAUAUUAUUCUAGCCGUUUCCGCUCCUUUUAAUAUGCCUUUGAUUAAACUUUCAUGACUUGA